CCAAAGAGGGCGCUCAGAAUUAAACCACGGUGGUGGCGUUUUGACUAAAACAGCGCCGUUUAAAUAACUAUUCCGUAACGCAACUCGCUCUUGGACUGUAAGACUCUGAGUUCAGAUGCUGUGAAACCCUAACAGAAUUUGCAUAACCAAAUAGAGACGGUAGCUCGCUCAAGCUUUGAAGGUUUCCGAUCCUUUCAGAUUUCUCGUUUACUACGCCUUCGCAUUCUCGUUCGCUCCCAAGUAAAGAGCAGAGUUGAAAGAGGAGGAUAGCGAGAAUAAGAAUCCAGAGAUGUCGGUGCAAGAGUAUUUAGACAAGCACAUGCUCUCUCGGAAAAUUGAGGACGCCGUCAAUGCCGCGGUCAGGGCCAAAACUUCUGAUCCCGUUCUCUUUAUCUCUAAUCACAUGAGAAAAGCGGUUCCCUCUGUGAUAACAAAGAUAAAAGCCAGGCAGAUCCUCGAUAGCAGAGGGAUUCCAACUGUCGAAGUUGACUUACACACUAACAAAGGGAUGUUCCGUGCCUCAGCUCCUAGCGGCGAUGUUACUGGCAUGUACGAAGCUGUUGAACUGCGUGAUGGAGACAAAGGGACAUAUCUUGGGAACAGUGUGACAAGAGCGGUUAAGAAUGUCAAUGAGAAAAUAUCUGAAGCAUUAAUUGGGAUGGAUCCAACACUUCAAUCUCAGAUUGAUCAGGCCAUGAUUGACUUGGAUAAAACUGAAAAGAAGGGAGAACUUGGAGCAAAUGCUAUUUUAGCUGUAUCAAUUGCUGCAUGCAAAGCUGGGGCUGCUGAAAAGGAGGUUCCACUGUACAAACACAUUGCUGAUCUUUCUGGCAAAACCAACCUGACUCUUCCUGUCCCUGCCUUCACUCUCAUAAGUGGUGGUAAACAUUCUGGGAGUAAUCUAGCCAUUCAGGAAAUCAUGGUUCUCCCAGUUGGUGCUAGUAGAUUUGCUGAGGCAUUGCAAAUGGGCUCUGAGACAUAUCAUCAUUUAAAGGCUGUUAUUACGGAAAAAUAUGGUGAACAUGGAUGUAAUGUUGGUGAGGACGGUGGUUUUGCUCCAAACAUCUCCAGUGUUCAAGAAGGCUUGGAUCUUGUUAAAGAGGCCAUCAGCAGAACGGGUUAUAAUGAUAGAAUAAAAAUAGCAAUUGAUGUUGCUGCUACUGCUUUUUGCAUAGGUACCAAGUAUGAUUUGGACUUCAAAUCUCCUAAUAGGUCAGGGCAAAAUUUCAAGUCAGGAGAGGAUAUGAUUGAGAUGUACAAAGAACUAUGUACUGAGUACCCAAUAGUUUCAAUUGAAGAUCCAUUUGACAAGGAGGAUUGGGAACAUAUCAAGUAUUUUUCAAGCCUUGGACUGUGUCAGGUAGUAGGGGAUGGCUUGUUGAUGUCAAAUCCAAAACGUAUUGAGAGAGCAAUCCAUGAGUCUACUUGUAAUGCUCUUCUUCUCAAGAUAAACCAGAUUGGGACAGUAACAGAGGCCUUAGAAGUAGUGAAGCUGGCAAAGGAUGCCCACUGGGGAGUGGUGGUAUCACAUAGAAGUGGGGAAACAGAUGAUUCUUUCAUAUCUGAUUUAUCUGUUGGCCUGGCCACUGGUCAGAUCAAAGCAGGUGCUCCUUGCAGGGGAGAGCGACUGGCAAAAUACAACCAGGUGAAGGGUUUGGCAGAUAAUUGUGGUCCAUGUCUCUAGUAUGGCAUUCCUUGUUAUACCUCUAGAGUAGGAAUCACAUCCCUAUUAGUGAUAUUCUUGAGCUCCCCUCGUCACUCUAAAGUAACAUGCAUUUGUAUCAAGGAACUACCCGCUUUUUAUCAAUAAAAAUAUUUGAGUUAAAUGCAACACAACAAUUGGGAUGUUCGCUAAUGAAAGAUGACUAUAUGUCUAGUGUAUGAAUGUAAUAGCCCUAGCUUUCUUUCAGUUGCUUCGCAUUGAGGAAGAACUUGGUGAUCAAGCAGUUUAUGCUGGUGAAGAUUGGAGGCUGACCUGAUCCUAAGGUUUUGAUACACUUUUUUUUUUUUUUUUUUAAUUUUUUAAGUUCUCCUUUUCAUUGAUUGAGGCUUUACAAGUAAAUAUACAGUCAUAUUGAGCAGCUUGGUGUUCUGGUGUAAUAUUGUUAGGCUUCCUUUUGGUUUUGAGUGAAUGUUUCUGGCUUAUGUAAUUUUUCUGAAGAAAAAUGAAGAUGUGUUGAGGAAUGUGCUGAUGAAUCUAAUUCAAAUAUUUUGAUUCAUCCGCACCAGUUGUGCACCUUCCUAUUGCAUUAUGCCAAUGCAAAAACCUCUUUAUUUUGAUUCA